AUGACCAAUGUCAAGCACAACCUGAAGGAAGAUCCGCCUGGGCUGGGUGCUCCAGUGCGUGGCCGACCAGACACGCACCUGCCGGCUGCAGACCACCAAGAUGACAAGUCUGAGGCCCAGACGAGCGGACAUGCUGCGGAGAGUGUAAAAGAUAAGGCGGGGAAGCACCAAAGCCACGGGUCGUGCAAGAGUUGCGGAUCGCUGGCGGACAAAUGUUCGUGCGAGAACUGCCAGUGUCAAGUUUGCGCUAGCAAGACUGGCGCUGCGAAGGAAAUCGAGCCUCCGAUCAAGUCGGCCACGUCGGCGACCGUUGUGUGUGGUGGCUCGUGCAUUGCCGCUGCCCAGCGUGCUACAGCUGGAGAAUGUCCGGGAUUGUCAUGA